AUGAGAUCGUGGUCUGACGUGUACAAUAAUCAAAUUGCACGGUCACCAAUAGGUUAGAUAGUAACGUUGAAUUGUAGAGUUAUUUUCUAAUUGAAAUCCAUCAUGCUUGAUUUAUUUACGAUAUUCAGUAAAGGCGGGAUAGUGCUGUGGUGUUUCCAGAGCACCUCGCAGAUGUUCGCUCCUAGCGUUAACGCGUUAAUACGAAGUGUCAUAUUGCAAGAACGUACAGGAAAUCAUACCUUUGAAUACGAUUCCUUGCGAUUACAAUACAAACUCGACAAUGAGUUCGAACUGGUGUUUGUGGUCGCGUACCAGAAAAUACUACAGCUGUCGUACGUCGACAAAUUUUUAAACGAUGUCCAUUUGGAAUUUAGAGAUCGAUUCAAAAAUGAACUGGAGAACUCGGCGUGGUUCUACGAUUUCGACUUUCGUACGAACUACGAGCACGUACUCGCGAUGGCUGAACAAUGGGCACGGACACAGGCAAAGAUACCGAAACAAAUGCGUACGUUCGACGAGAGCCAGAAAUCGAAGAAAACAGUCGCCAGCAUGAUCGAACGGAAGGACGACAAAGAUAAUAAUAAGAAGCAGGGUAAAAGGAAGAAGGGAGUUAAUACUAGUAAAGAUGAUCAAAUGAAAGUUCAAGAGAUUCCGAAACAGGAUCCACCGAACGACGAAGAGAAUCAUAAUGGUGAAAUAGACGAGGAAGUUUUAUUAGCGAAUCGUAUAAAAUUGGCUCAGAAACGAAACAAUCAAAAGAAGAAAAUCGACAAGCAGAAAGGUCAGAAAGCUGAGAAAGCCGGUAAGAAACCCCGCGUAUGGGAAUUAGGUGGGACCAUUAAAGAUCUCGCUGCCUUGGAACGUACCAAAGAUAAACCGGAAGAGAGCGGCGAUUACGUCGGAGCCGAUAUAACGUUGGUUGGCCAGAUGAAAGGUGGUAUACGCGAUAUCGUAGUCGAAAGUGAUUCCGAGGAUGAAUCCGAGGAAGAGAUAGAGAGUUCAACGCCGCAAGUACAAAAGAAAAACAACAGCAUGUUCUCAAUGUUCAAGAGUUUGGUCGGUAACAAGAGCUUGAAACGUGACGACAUGAUUCCAGUCUUGGAGAAGCUGAAAGAUCAUUUGAUCACGAAGAACGUGGCCGCUGACAUUGCUCAGAAGUUAUGCGACUCCGUCGGCGUGAAGCUCGAAGGGAAAAUGCUCGGCACGUUCGACAGCGUGGCGAGCACCGUUAAGGCGACACUGACCGACGCCUUGGUCCAGAUAUUGUCACCGAAGCGGCGUGUCGACAUCCUGCGAGACGCGAUGGAGUCGAAACGGAACAACAGACCGUACGUCAUGACCUUCUGCGGCGUGAACGGCGUCGGGAAGUCGACGAACUUGGCCAAGAUCUGUUUCUGGCUCAUAGAGAAUAAUUUCCGCGUGCUCAUCGCGGCGUGUGACACAUUCAGAGCCGGUGCGGUCGAGCAAUUAAGAACGCAUAUGCGCCAUUUGAACGCUUUGCAUCCGCCAGAGAAACACGGGAAUCAAACGAUGGUUCAACUGUACGAGAAAGGCUACGGGAAGGACGCUGCUGGUAUUGCUAUGGAGGCGAUUCGUUUCGCCAAGGAUUCCAAGUUCGACGUUGUUCUCGUGGACACCGCUGGGAGAAUGCAAGACAAUGAACCGUUGAUGAGAGCCUUGGCAAAGCUGAUCAAAGUGAACGAGCCUGAUUUAGUGCUUUUCGUCGGCGAAGCCCUCGUUGGGAACGAGGCCGUCGAUCAGUUGGUGAAGUUCAACCAAGCUCUGGCCGAUCAUAGUCAAUCCACUAAUCCUCAUAUCAUCGACGGCAUCGUGUUGACCAAGUUUGAUACAAUCGAUGAUAAGGUAGGCGCGGCGAUUUCUAUGACGUAUAUUACUGGACAGCCGAUCGUUUUCGUUGGAACUGGACAAACUUACACCGACUUGAAGUCGUUAAACGCGAAGGCGGUGGUGCACGCGCUGAUGAAGUAACUUUUAACUUCGUUCCAUUAUACACACAAAUCGGAGAAGGAUGUGAAUGGAUUGUUAUUUAUAAAUUCAGGGAAUGAAUCAUUAUUACUAUUAUCGUCUCCGACAUUAUUAUAAUUAUAUACAAAGAAGUUUAGCAAAAAUAAUAUAUCAUGGUGUUUUGAAAGACGUAUCGUUCUUGAUUAUCAUGGGCUACCACUCUUUACAAAUUCUUUUCGUACGCCAGGCGAUCUUUGAUCCUAGAAGACGCAUACAGAUUUGUCACCGUAUCGAUUUAUAGACUUUUUCUAAAAAAUAUAAAUAAUGCGAUUAAAGAUGGGAUACUAUAUAA